AAAUGUCUCUCGAAUUGUUUAUUAUUAUAGCGUUUUUGUUUUUUGUUAGUAAAUCAUCGUCUAAUAGUAUUGCUACAGGAUGGGAAAAUAGUUUCGCCUCUCAUGAUAGUUCUCCGUUACAAUUACAUAAUUAUGGAGAUAAAUAUUAUUAUGUUGGAUACCAUUUUAAGUUAACUUUCUUAGAAUCCAUGCAGUUUUGCGAAAACAUCAAUAUGAAAUUAGUGAAUAUUAGAGAUUACAAUGAAAAUGAAGCUAUCAACAAAAUCAUUGGACGUUCCUUUUCAUUUUUAUCAUUUUAUUGGACUGCUGGUACUAAACUAAUAGAUAAUCACAAUUGGAUAUGGUUGUCUUCCAAGUCUAACAUGAAUUAUACCAGAUGGGCUUUAUUUCAGCCUCAAUAUAAGGGUGAACAGUGCAUAGCAAUACGUAAUACUUUAGGAUCAGUAUAUUGGCACGAUUAUCCAUGUGAUACUCGUUUUUAUACUAUUUGUGAGAGAUACAAACCCAGGACAUUUUCUCAAAAUGAAGAUACAGCAACUUCACAAGGGGAGCAUAUUUCGGCCGACAAUAAACGUUCUUUGUUACUCGUACCCCUAACACAUUAUGGAGAUAAAUAUUACUACUUUGGAAAUAAUUUUAAGGCAACUUUCUUACAGUCCAUGCAGUUUUGCAAAAACAUUAAUAUGAAAUUAUUGACUAUUAGAGAUGGCAAUGAAAAUAAAGCUAUCGAAAAAUUCAUUAUAAAUACCAGAAACGUAUUUAGGAAGUACUGGACUGCUGGUACUAAAAUAGAUAAUUACAAUUGGAUAUGGAUGUCUUGUGGAGCUAACGUAAAUUAUACAAAAUGGGAUAACUAUAUGCCUACUAAUUUUUAUAGUGAACAGUGCAUAACAGUAAUAGCUAAUAACAAAGGCCUGUUUUGGCAGGACUCUCAUUGCCAAUUUCGAAAUUUCUUCAUUUGCGAGAGAUAUGAACACAGGACAUUUUCUCAAAUUGAAGAUAUGGCAACUUCACGUUGGCAGAAUUUGAUAAAAACUUCUUCAAAUGUUUCUUCUCUCUACUACAAUGAAAAGAGAUACUAUUUCUUCAGAUAUGUUAAAGUUAAUUACUUGGAAGCUCUACAAUUUUGCAAAAUAAUUAAUAUGGAACUGGUGUCAGUAGAAUCUAAGGAAGAAAAUGAUAAAAUUAGCAAAUAUAUUCGUGAUAACAACGUAGGAGAUAAUUGGUGGACUUCUGGAUCCAGACUUCUAGAUUCUAAGAAUUGGGUGUGGUUUACCAGAGCAAAAUCGUUUAGCUAUACAAAUUGGAGGAGAGGAGAACCAUUGUCAUGGUGUAUGCGUCUAGCUCAUCAUCAAGUCAGAGGUUUGGAGUGGAUUAGCGAUAACUGCUAUACGAAGUACAAUGUUAUUUGCGUAAGUGGAACGGGAGAUGAUACUGAUGAAAGUGGAGGAGCGUUAACAGAAGGAGGAAGAAACCUUUUAAAUCAAGGAAAUAAUCAAAGUUUACUAAUUCCAAUUGAUGUACGACAUGGAGGGGAUAACGACAUUUCAAGGUACAAUUCUACUGGGAUCCCAACACCUCAAACGACAGCAAGAAAUUUGCCAGAUGGAGAUUAUUUUGAUUUUGAAUGGUAUAAAAUCCUUAUACGAAACAAUCCUGGUUAUAUAUCUAUAAGAAGUUAUGGAGGUAAACGCUACCAUGUUGAAACAUCAUUGAUGGGAACCCAACGCCAAGCAGCCAUGUAUUGCAGAUACCAUAAUAUGCAUCUGAUUGAGAUUAUUAACCAAACAGAAAAUGCAAUUAUAGAAAAAAUUUUGCUUGAUACCGGUUCUAUUGGUCCAUUUUGGACAGCAGGCCAAAGGAAAACGGGUAACUUGAUGUGGUCCAUCUCUCAACAACCGAUUACCUACACGAAUUGGAACCCUAAUAUCAACCUAGGAGGAUCGAUGAUUCGAGACUGCAUCCAAGUCGAUCAAGGAGCUAAAUGGAGUUGGGAGAAUUGCGAUGAAAAAUUGUUCUUCGUUUGUAAAGCCCAAAUUCAAAAUCUAGUCACCAAUGCGACGAAUUCUAAUGAAGAGUAUAGCCAAACCAUUAUCGUUAGGUAAAAAAAGUUAAAGACAUGAGUUUCGUGUACUUGAUAUGUUUCUACCAACUACGGUGCGUAUCGUAUUCAAGUUGACAUUAAAAUCGAUGAUAAUGAGA